AUAGUCAACAGAUUUUUAAAUAGCCCAUUUGGCGGUAACGCCAUCUAUAUUUAUGAGCGAUAUUAGAUGAGGCGGAGACAAUUUUUCAAAUGAGAAAAGUUUUAUUUGGACAUCUUCCUGACUUUAUUUUCAUGAGAGUAGAAUAACCAAUCGGGAGUACAAAUAAGUAGUGAGCGUACGUACAAGGUUACACGUGGUCAGGGAUGAAAGGAUUUUUAUGGGAUUUUAAAAGUUUCUCGAGUAGUAAACAAUACAGAUUUAAUACAAUUCGAUUACUCAGUCGUAACUGGCAGUGGGUGAUCUUUCUUCAGGAAUGAAAAAUAAAUUGAAGCGAAUGAAUUGUUGAUUUGCAAAUUUUUGGUACGUUCGAUUACGAAUUAUAAAGAGAUGUUGUGAUGUCUGGGUAGGCGAGUUUAAAUAAAAAAUCCCAAUCAGGGUUAGAACAAUUAUAUUAAAUUGUAAAAAAUUAGAAGGACUCGACUUUUGUAGAGGCUCGCGUAGGACUGGUCCUUCGCCGCUCAAUUAUGAUGAUAAAGUCGAUUUUAUUUCCCCCGUUACAGAAUCUGAUCUCUUAGGGAUCUCAAUACGGUACCUUUUCUUCCCAGAUUUUUUUAAAGAACCCCCUCCCUUCCUGAAUUCAUCAUUGAAUCCCCCGACUCAAGUUUUUCCCUCAUGUGGCCUCUGAAAAAAAACCGGCGCGUUUCAAUACAAUCCACCGACGCUUGCGCAAAUCCAGUGGAGCUUCGAGACAGCUCGCCGCUGCUACAGGCGCAUCUCACCACUCCAGUCUGCGGUCGUCAACUAAAGCGGACUCAUUAGCUCUGCACACGCCUGCAGCGCGAAAUUUAAACCGCCGAGGCGAGGAAAAAACCCAGUAAAUCCAAUAAGACGGCAGCAAUUAAUUAGUCCCUUUAAUUACCCUCUCCAAUUGCCCCAAUUACCUCCCCCUAUCAUCUCAAAAUGACGACACAACAAAAAAAAAUUUAAUUAAUCAUCCGUGCGACUUAAUGAGUGGAAAUUUCGGAGUAACUGAUUUACCCGAGCACGAGGUUCAAGCACGUGAAAGUCAGGUGCAACUCCUGGGGCGCAGGUGAAGUUGCCAGGUGUGCGCGUGCGCGGUGAAGGCCGCGGGAAGUAAAAUCAGUGGGGAAUAAUUCCAAAUGGAAUUGUAAAAUUUUCGCAGAGUGCAAUUGACAAGUAAUAAAUUAAAAAAAAAAUCUAAAUGGUUGACACACUGCUGGUGGAGUUUUCCUCGAAGUAUCAUCCGAUGUUGCAACCACCCUCGCCACUCUUGGAGAUGGCGUCGCUUCGUCUCCCGGACUCGGAGGAGUUUGAUAAUGAGCCGCGACGAAGAAAUGGCUACGGUGGCCUGACAACAAUGGGGCCACCCCUGCGUGUUGCCAACGAUGUCUUCAUCAAGACCAAAGACAACAUUCGUGAUUACGUUAAUAAUUCACUCACCGAUCUUGUAACAGAUGGACCCCGUAGUUCUGUGGAUGAGCAUCCUGGUGUACUGUUCAAUGCCAGUGAUCCUGGACAGAUACCCGUGGAACAUGUGCCCGAUUUAUUCUAUCGGCACAGUGUUGCCAUGACCGCUGUUUACUGUGCUGCUUAUUUCAUUGUAUUCGUUGUUGGUCUUGUUGGCAACAGUUUUGUUAUUGCUGUUGUUUAUCGUUCACCACGUAUGCGAACUGUUACCAAUUUCUUUAUUGUGAAUCUCGCUGUUGCUGAUGUAUUGGUACUGGUUUUCUGUCUGCCCGCUACGUUACUGGGGAAUAUACUAGUCCCUUGGGUGCUUGGACGCUUCAUGUGCAAAACCGUUUCUUAUGUUCAGGGAGUCUCGGUUGCUGCUUCUGUCUACAGUCUCGUUGCUGUUUCGUUGGAUAGAUUUCUCGCAAUAUGGUGGCCCCUGAAAUGCCAGAUAACAAAGCGUCGUGCCCGCCUCCUCAUCGUGAUAAUCUGGUUCAUCGCCCUUGCAAUAACCCUCCCCUGGUUGCUCUUCUUCGACAUAAUAAUUCUCCCGAACAACCUGGAUCAAUCAUUCUGCGUGGAGGAGUGGCCGCGAAAGCAGGACGAGAGGCUGUUCUUCCUCCUCGGGAACCUGAUGUUCUGCUACGUUCUCCCCAUGAUCCUCAUAUCCCUCUGCUACAUCGCCAUAUGGGUUAAAGUAUCUCGUCGCAACAUACCAACUGACACAAAGGACUCCCAGAUGGAGAGAAUACAGCAAAAAUCAAAGGUCAAAGUUGUAAAAAUGCUGGUAGUGGUUGUGAUACUAUUUGUACUGUCAUGGUUACCCCUCUACGUUAUAUUUGCACGCAUAAAACUCGGUGGUACACCAACAAUCUGGGAGGAAGAGGUACUCAAUAUAGCAACACCAAUAGCCCAAUGGCUUGGCUCAAGUAAUUCAUGUAUCAAUCCUAUUCUAUACGCAUUUUUCAAUAAAAAAUAUCGUCGUGGGUUUAUGGCUAUUCUCAAGAGUGGACGUUGCUGUGGUAAAUUACGCUACUACGAGACUGUUGCAAUAAUGUCAUCAUCAACAAGUAUGAGAAAAUCAUCCUACUACGUCAACAAUAACAAUUCAUCGACAAGGCGUACGUGUCAUGGGCCACCGGUACAUCAGGAUAGCAAUGUAUCCUACAUAUUUAAUCACACUGGGGUCUAAUAAAUAAUAAUAAUAAUAAUAAUAAGCAUUUACGUAGCCAGUGAAUGGUACAUUAUGCUAAUAACCAUGGGGGUCAUGACCUCAUAAUCAUGAGAAUGGUCAUUUCUACGAACUGCCAGCUCGAGAUUUCAGGGUCAAUUUUUAAUGAAAUUGCAGGUGAUUGUCGCUCGGGUUGGACUCACCCAGUGGAGAAUUUUUUUUUUUCUGGCGAAUAAUAUUUCCCCAAUUUUUGAGAAAUGGAGUUUUUGGAAAAUUUUGAGGAUAUGUCGGUGUAAUCCUCAAUCAAAUAUUUAAUAUCCUGUCAUAUCUGGUGUAGCUUGUAUACGCUGAUAAUUGAAUAAGAAAACUGACACUUUGUCGUAAUUUUUCGUCACACAUCACGAGAUCAUAUAUUUUCUUACGAUAAUUCAUAAUGCAAUUGUUGUCUGGUUUAUGGUGAAACCCGUGAGUAUAAUAAAUCGAGUCUUUUUCAAUGCCAUUAUCGUGAUAGGAUGGUAGUAUCGUAAUGAAGGAUAAAAUUUUAUAAAGAUUUGAUGAACGAGAUUGAUAUCGUGCGCAGUAAUUUGCUUGGAAUAUAAUAUUUGGAGCUAGAGUUACCUAUUUUCUUAAUGCAAAUUAACUAAAUAAUUACAUAAGUUUCACCUCAAAUUGAUAAAGUAAACGUCUGUACAUAGACGUGCAGGAAAAACAGUGAAUAAAAAAUGUGGUACGAGUACUAUUUAAUCGCAAUCCACUGUGAUAAAAAAAAUAAAUUGAUAUUAACGGGUUUUGCGAGGGGAUUCAUUAAAGGGGGAAAAUAAUUAAUGCUAAGGGUGGAUCGAGCAGGGCACGAUAACCAUGAUAAUAAAUGAAUAAUUAAAUAAGACAACGCGAGUUGUUCCGAAAUUCAUAGUUAAGAUCACAGUAAUUCCCGAUUCACAGCACAAACACUCAAAUGCUUGGUUAUUGGUAAGAAAAAUAAUAAUUCAUGGUAAUUACCACGUGCUGAACGCUUGAUUAAUCACAAAUUGUACUUAAUGAAUCCACAGUGAGCAUCACGUUAAUUUUUUUACUUAUCGUGUACACGUGUAUCAGUCCUAACGUACAGUUUUUCAUUAGUGAAUGUGUAAAUAAGAUUAUUAUAAUAUUUGACAGAUGACUUUUUAACUGCAUGCGCAUGUAAUAGAUUAAUAUAUCUUUGUACUCAUUAAGGAACAGAUGAUUGAUUAAAGACAGGUAUAAGUGUGGACUUUCACAAUGCGCAUGAUAUCGUAUGUAAUUAUGAAAAGUGUAUUAACGACCGUGAAAUGAUCAUUGAGAUUAGAAGGUUUUAUCAUGACGUUUGACACCGACAGAUAUGAGAAUAAGCUUUUACAGAUUGUGAAGUUGAUAUUUGAGAAAUUGUAAAUUUAAUAGAUUUGUGAAUUUGAUGAAUUGACAGAUUAAUUAUCAAUGAAGUUUGCCUGUUGGAGGAGAGUUUGUAAUUAUUUGUACCGUGUUAUGGCAGAAAAUUGGCGAGUGCUAUCGGUGGGUAUUGAUGUUUGGAUUAAUGGAUCGAUAGCGAAUGAUAAAUUGAACUGCCAAAAUACAUCUGGGGGGGAGGGUGGUGAUGUAGGGUUUUUGAGGAUUAACAGAAAAUUUUGUAAUUGUUAUACAAGUGGAAAUUAUACCAGAUUGUGGAUUUGUACUUGAUUACCAGCGUGUUGAUCGUUAUUCUAUCAUGAUGAUGUGUCAUUCCUCUUUUAACGGAAAUUUUAAAUCUAAUGAUGAGUGAAAGGAGCCCUUGGAGCUCGCUGGGUAUGCCUUCGUAGUCGAUACACUCUGUAUAUUUUUUAAUAACUCUCGAAUGAUAUCUGCACAUGAUAUGAUAACGAUUGAAUCGUAGAUCGAAAUGUUUAAUCGUGAAACAAUAUCGAUAAGCAUUUAAAUUUUGAAUAUCUACUGCAUGUAUGCAUUCAGACCAUUUAUAUUAUAUCAUGGGAGAAUUUUAAUGGAGGAUUGAGUGAUAUUAUAGCAGUCGGUCGAUUCGAUUUGUCGUAGGGUCAUUUGUGAGACAGUCAACGAACUGCUGUUCAGCAACGAAAAAUAAAACCAUUUUUAAAUAAAAAUUGUGGAGGAAUUUUCCUCAGAAAUAAUGCAAUAUCUUCGUCCACUCUCUUCGUCUUUUAAUCUAGUUAAGGCAGAUGUAUCAAUUCAACGAAUCGACCAAUGUCUGAACGUCUCGAUGAUCAAUGAGAUUGAUGGUGAUGGAAAUCGUGGAGCACUCAGCCAUUCGCUGGCCGUUUUAGAUGAGAAUUUACACGAAAUUUUGGUCCAAUUGGGUGGAGAAGGAUUGAGAGUUCUAAAGUAUUUUUAAAGUAAUUAUUAUCUUUAUGUGUUCGAGGAGUGAUGGUUAACAUGAUUUUCUCUCAUGUUUACCCUACUUUCUGAAUUACUGUAAUUAUCAUUGAGUUGUAGAAAUGCAUUGUUAAUUGAUUUGUCUACUUUUGUACUUUUAUACGACUACUUUGUGAUCACCGUGCGGAGGAAAUAUCAUUUGUCGGAUUGAGAAUAUUUUUUCUCUUCCCAGAGCUAUUUUAAGUUGUAUCAGAUGGGUACAGGUGCGAGAAAUACUUGGCAAAGAAGUCAUUAGUAAAAUCUAAUGACUUCCUUGCUAGAUUCAUCCUAGAAGUCUAUUUAAAUUUUCUGUAGCUGAUUCUGUUGAAAAAUUGUGCGGUUCGAGUGUUUGGUGUAAAAUAUUCUACAGAAAAAUGAAAGAAGAUUUUUCUACGUCAUUUGUUCUAUUAAAAUAUAUCUAUAGAAAUUCUUUAAAAAUGUUCUAAAAAUUAAUUAAAUUUUUUUGUUAAUUUUCUUCAUAAAUUGUCACGGAAACUCUUCCCAUUAAUAAAUUAGAAAUGGCCAUUGAGUACGAGAAUUCCCAACGGACAUUCUAUAGAAUAUUCACCGAUUCAAAUGAAAUCAUUAAUCAUUAAUGAUUGGGAAUUUAGAUUAGUAUAUGAAUCUCACAGAAUUUAAUCCUUUUCCCUAUUGACAUCCCUUAGCUCCUCGCAUUGGUCUCGAAGAGAAGUUUUCAAUUUGUAGUCUCAAUCCGACGACAUAUUUCUCCUCAGUACGGAUUAAGUAUCCAGAGCUCACAAAGCUAGUUAUCUGGAAAGAAACAUGAAUAAUGAACAUUAGGAUAAUAACGAAUAAACGAAUUUAAAACGACUAACGAAUUGCCUUGGCUGCUCGCACGAGUGAUGAGAUUCAAUGUUACGCAGUAAUUAUAAAUUAUUUAUAAGAGUUUUAAAGACACCGUAAUUUAAUAAUUAAUGAAUCGAAGAGAAUGAAAAUAUCCACUAGUUUGUAUAAAUCGUCUGACGGUAGAUAUUAGAUGAGACGAUAUUAAGAGAGAAAUAAAUACUCCGCCGUUGCUGUAUUGAUAUAAUCGCUGGUCGCUCUAUAUGUGUUUUCAAAUGAAAGAGAAACAAUAUGUGUAUAAAACAAAUGUGUAUAUGAACAUUCUAUCUCAGAGAUGUUAUCAAUCAUUCAUAUUAACAUGAUGUAUGUUUACAAAUUAAUUGCGAGGGGUUAUUCACUUCUGAAGUUGUGAAAAGAGGCUCAUUAUUUGAGAAAUAAUAUUUGCAGUCCUUUCAUAAGGGCUUGAACUGCUUGAAGGGCCGGACGGAGAACAGUUGGUAUUUCACCCCUUCCGCUUGACGCGCAUAAUGAGCAUAAGGGUCAAAUGGUCUUAAAUGAUCGACCGAUGAGUAUUUGACCAUUAAAAGCACUCCCGUCAACUCUCCCCUUUGACUUCUACCAGUAUUUGAACUUUAAGUCCCCUUAAUUUAUAUAAUAAUUUAAAUUAUUUCUUUGUGUUAAUUUUUAUGAUCAUUUGACCUUGUAAGAGUACAUGGGACAAAUGAGAGAGUUGCGGAAAGGGUCAAACAUUCUCAAAGAUAUUGUCUAGGAGACGAGCUGGGUAAUCAUAAUAUUCAGACAUUUUAUCGAACUUUAUUCCUCAUAAUGUUGCUCGUGUCACUCCGUUAAUUAUCAAGACCUUUCGAUCUUCAUCCACUUCCAAAGGUCAACGACUCUCCAGAAUUCCCUGGACCCUUAAAAUCACCUUCCGAACCGUAUGACUUCAUAGACCUUCAUUUUAACUAACGUCAAUAGUAAUUGAAAUAAUGCUACAAUUACCUAAUAUCGAGUUUGUUCGCACAUCCCCGAAGUGAGUAACUCCUCGAAAAAUAAAAGUCACAUCCCUCCUGAUCCAAUUAUCAUAACCUCUGGCGCGUUCCGGGCGUUUGUGAGAACAUCUAAAAAUUGAAUAGAUCAGUGAGUGUACUGGGACCUGACAGACAAUGGGUGAAGAUUUAUAAAAAUGAAACUUUGAUACGAUGAAUCUUGAACAGAAAUAAGGGUAGGUAGAUAGCUAGGGGAAAAAAAAAUAGAUUGACUGAUUGAUUAAGAUUAUGAAAAUACAAAAGUGUGAAUGAUGACUGAAUCUGUGUGAGGCCUAGGAAGUGAAACCGAAAUAAUAAUUGCCUAAGUAGUAUUAAAAUAAUCAUUGCGAUACAAAAUCACGGGAAAAUACGAAAAAAAUGAUAUUUGUUUUUACAUUCAAUUCAUUUGAAAUACGUUAAGAUGUUAUGGUGGAGCAACAGAUGUUCUCCUAAAUAACGAAAAAAAAAUGAAAUAAUAGAAACAUAUUAGAUAAGAGAAUUAAAUGAACCAAUUAAACUGGUUAUCGCAUUUGAUGAACGUGUUUUACGUCGUUCUGAUGAAAAACAGUUAUUUUACAUUCAAUGAAAAAAUGUAAGGCAGUUUGUUUGAACACUUUGAAAGGGAGAGCACCCACCUUUGCAGCGUUCGAAUGAGGAAAUUCAAGUUUUUCAUCAAAUUUAGGGAUUAAUUAGAGGAAAUCCGAAGGAGGGGGGAGAGGGACAGAAUCAAAGGUGGAUCAAGCCUGAAGGUCGAUAAUGGGCUGUAUAAAUCAACUUGAGCUUCACACAUUCAAAUCCAUCGUUGAUCCUCACGACUUAUGCGAUUGGUUCUUGCGAUCAAUCAGAAUGAAGCUCAAUUACUGUCAAUAAUGAGGGUCAAGUUGAUUCACGAUGAUUCGUCCCACUCUUCUCUACUCAUCAAAAGAUAGCCGAAUAAUGAUGCCACAAUUGAAUAUUGUGACUGUUUUCUCCCAUCGUAUUACAAUUAACGACAAAAAUGAUGAUUAGAGAAUGAAAGAACAAAAUAUUCUGCUCAUAUGUAACAUCAAAAAUAUGUACUGUUAGCGGAAACUGCUGAGAUUUCACAAUUACACGUACUCCACAAAUCCCUCUUCCACUGAUAUUUACUUUUCAGCUUCGGAAUUUGGUACUGACGAAUGCAAUUUAGUACCCACUGUAAUGUUCACAUUGAAUCACUCGUCAAAUGCAAAUACGAUAAUAAAGUAUAUGUAUUUUCGCAGAAAAAUAAUAAACGAUGAAAUUUUAUGAAAA